AUGCAGAUUCAGCCCAUUUGCGACAUACUGAGCCAAAAGGCCGUCGCCUAUAAUGUCAGCACCGCCGACAUGAUACAAGCGGCAGCAGCCUGUGGUGGACCCAAAAUUCACUUCCUUGUGGGGAGAAAGGAUUCCGCUGUACCCAGCGCCGAGGGCGUCUUGCCCACACAAGACUCCGACGCAGCAUCUCAGAUCAAUGCCUUCAAGAAAAAGGGGUUCACGGCUACAGAUCUCGUGGCCCUUGUGGGAGCGCAUAGCGCGGGACAGAGUGUACAGGAGCUGUCCUUCGAUUCGACUCCUGACAAGCUGGACAGCACCGUCUAUUACCCACAGACGCUAGAGGAGACGACGCCAACAUCCCUAGGCAGCGAUGUUGCUCUCGGAAACGCCAGGGAGACCAAAAACAUAUGGAAGGGCUUUGGGGCAAGCCAGGCACGUUGGAAUUCUGCAUUCAAGCUAGCUAUGGGGAAGAUGAGCAUCAUGGGAACUGACCUGGGGACACUUGCAGACUGCUCAAAGUUGGUGACCUAA